AUGAGGAGAGACGGAAGUCCAUUGAAUGAGCAGGUGCAGAAGAUGCAUGAAGGGGUAUAUGAAAUUGCUGGUGGUGAGCCUUCUGUGGUUCUUGGUGAUGAAGAAGGUGGAAGUUUUUUACACAGUGACCAUGACAUGGAGUAUGAGUGGGAGACUGAUGAGCUGGACAGUGUUUCUGGAAGUGAUGAUGAGGAACUACCUAUUAAGAGGAAAAAAUUCCCACAAUAUCACAAAGAAGACAUGAGGGAGGAUUUUAAGUUCAAAAUAGGGAUGGAGUUCAAAUCUUUGAAUCAGUUUAAAGUAGCUGUGAGGGAUCAUGCUAUUCGUAAUGGAAGGCAAAUUAGGUAUGAGAAGAAUGAUGGUGUUAGGUGCAGGGUUGAAUGUAAGAAAAAAUCUGAGAAUAAAUGUCCUUGGCUGAUGCUUUGCAGUAAGGUGGGAGGAAAACACACAUUCAGUAUCAAGACAAUGCAUGGACCACAUUCAUGUUUGAGGGUUUUCAACAACAAGUCUGCAAAUAGUAAGUGGGUAGCUAGCAAAAUGCUUGAGAAGGUGAGGAUGACAAGGAAGCUGAGAUUGUCUGAGGUGGUUGAUGAGGUCAGAAUUGGGUUUUCUACUGGAAUCACUAAAUGGAGAGCUUGGAAGGGAAGACAGAUUGCCAUGGAGAUUGUAAAGGGAGAUGCAAGCAGACAGUACUAUCUUCUGUAUAGGUUCAGUGCAGAGCUAUUGCAAAAGUCUAAAGGAAAUACAUGUAAGAUCAAUAUUGAAAGGUUGCCUGGAACACUACAACCCAGGUUUAAGAGAUUUUACAUGUGUUUGGAGGGUUGCAAGAAGGGUUUUAUUGGAGGGUGCAGGCCAUUUAUAGGUCUUGAUGGUUUGCACUUGAAAACACAGUAUGGGGGGAUUUUACUGUGUGCAGUAGCCAGGGACCCCAAUGAUCAGUAUUUUCCCUUAGCAUUUGCAGUUGUUGAGUCAGAAUGCAAGGAGAGUUGGAGAUGGUUCCUUGAGCUCUUGUUAGAUGACAUUGGCCUUGAUAGGAGGUGGAUCUUCAUAUCAGAUCAACAGAAGGGUUUGCUGACAGUUUUUUAUGAGCUACUUGGAGGGGUUGAGCAUAGGUUCUGUCUGAGGCAUUUAUAUGCCAAUUUUAAAAAAAAAUUUGGAGGAGGAGUUGUGAUCAGGAACUUGAUGAUGGCUGCUGCAAAAGCAACCUAUCACCAGCUGUGGACAGAGAAGAUGACAGAGCUGCAGGGAUUGAAUCCAGAAGCUUACACAUAUCUGAUGCAAAUACCUACAAGGGCAUGGUGCAAACAUGCUUUCACAUUUUAUCCUAAAUGUGAUGUGUUGAUGAAUAACCUGUCUGAGUCAUUCAAUGCUACAAUACUGUUGGCUAGGGAUAAGCCAAUUCUGACAAUGGUUGACUGGAUAAGAAGCUACAUCAUGGGGAGGUUUGCUACCAUGAAUGAAAAGCUAGAUAAGUACCCGGGGGAUGUGAUGCCAAAGCCAUUGAAAAGACUAAACCAUGAGAUUGAAAUGAUUAGAUACUGGGUGCCUACAGCUUCUGGGCAAGAUAAGUUUGAGGUGAAGAACAUGCUGACACAGGACCAGUUUGUUGUUGAUUUGGAGAAACACAGAUGUAGUUGCAACUUCUGGGAGUUGGUGGGGAUCCCUUGUAGGCAUGCAAUUGCUGCCAUUUUACACAAUAGACAAAAGCCAGAAGAUUUUGUGAAUGCAUACUAUAGGAGGGAAGCAUAUAGAGCAACUUAUGGCCAUUUGAUAACUCCCAUUAAUGGUCAGAAAAUGUGGCCGACAACCAAUGAUGAAUACAUCCUCCCUCCCUUGUACAAGAGAGCACCAGGGAGACCUAAGAAACUCAGGAGGAGAGACCCACAUGAGGACACACCUGAAAAUCACACAAGGUUGCAUAGAGGUGGGGUUUCAAGGAACAAGUGCAGUCGGUGUGGAGAGUUUGGCCACUACUUAAGAAGCUGCAAGAAUCCAUUUGUUAGCCCAGAAUCUCAACCUCCUGAAAGUAGCAAUCAAGGUGCAGCAAGACCAAGAAGCCAGACUGCUAAGAGGGUAAAUAACAAAAUCAUUUAA